AUGUACGGGUCAAGUAAUAGUUCCACGGGACGGCGUGCGUCACUUCCCACUAAUUCCACUGCCAGUGGCGACAACGCGUCCACUGCCUCCCUUUCUGUCUCCGUCUCUGUCUCCUCCUCCUCCGCCGCCGCCUCCACCACUUCCACGUCUUCUUCCUCGAGCGCUGGAAAAAAGCCAGAGUGCCGCAAUUUCGAGCCCCAGCAGUGGAGACGGUCAGUUUGCAAGAAUUGCUUUCGCACGGAGCCCGAACACUCGGCUCUGGUUGACGCGGCCACGGAAACACCCGUCAGCGUGAAUGCCUGGCCAGCGACGCCGGCAUUGACACGCAAAUCUAGCGCUCCGGUUGCCAUGGAAACGCAGAGCGCUGUAAGUCAAGGUCGAGGAGGUCUUCAGGCGCGAAGGCCAGGCCAGCUCGGCCACAGAUCUGCAGACGAUUUGCAACGAGGCGCCCAACCCGUCCACAGGGGUACACCUGCCCCCCUCCAAACCCCCCUCCCUCAGCCACCGGCGCCCGACCGAGCCUCGCAGGUUGGCGCGACUGGCAUCUUCUCCUCGGCGUCCAGCAUCGACGCGCGCUACGUGGAGGAGUUGGAAAACGACUUUUUCGACCUGGAGGACAGGUACGACGCCCUGGCACGCGAACGCAACGACCUCUCGCUGGAGUUGGAGUCGAAGAUGCGGAGUGUCGAGGAGUUGCAGACCUCGCUGGAGCAGUACAAAGAGAAGGUUGUCACUCUUGAACGCAGAUGCGCGCACCUGGAGGAGGAGGUGAAGACCUACAGAGAACGCCUCAGAUUGCCGGAGAGCGAUCAAGGCGGUGUCGGAUCGGACAUCAAGACCAACCUCGGCGUGACAAUCGACGCGGGCGAAGGUGGCGAUGAUCUGCGGGCGCGGUUGAACCAGGUUGAACAGCUCUGCCAGGACGUUAUGGAGGAGAACGAAGUGCUCAAAGAGGAGAUUGAGGAGAUGCAACGGGAAAUAGAAGAGAUGCACGACCAUUUUCAGGAAGAAGAUCGUGAUAGCAUGCGUGAGAUGCAGCGUGACCUUGAGGCGGCCAAUAAGACUUGUCGAAUACUGCAAUUUAAAUUGCGCAAAGCUGAGCGCCGAUUCGAACAGGUUGAGGCGGAACGCGCCAGUCUUGAAGAACGUCUGUCACGACUGGAAUCGGAGAUGUACAGCGAAACUGACAUUGAACACAUUCGAAAUCUUGAGGAGGAGUUACGCGUUGCCAAGGAGGUUACAGUUAGACUAAACAAUGAGCUCGACAUUCUUGAAGAGAAGAGGCACUUUUAUGAGGACGAAAAUCACCAGCUCAAGGACGAACUUCAGAUCUGCCAAAACCGUCGAAUUACGUCAGAGAACGAGGUUGAUCGGCUGCGAUUAGAGCUAGACAAACUGAAGUACGAAAGCAGAUUCGCGGAACGCGGCCCACUGCAAGUAACAGACAAGAAAGUGGGCCGACAGAGCACGCCAGGUGCGACUACGCCGAACGCCUAUUCCGCCGAGCAAAGCGAGCUCAUGAGCGCAUUCCAGACGGCGAAAGAACGCGAGGCGGACUUGUCGGAGCAGCUGCGCUUUGCUGAAGAGGAGCUUCGGAAAAUGAAUCGACGUGUGGCCGAGGCACAGGCAGACAAUAAUGCGCUGACACGUCAAAUCGAACGUCUAAGCAUGCAACAAGUUCGCGGUGAGAGCCCACGAGCCACGGCCUCCCAGGUUAAAAAGGAACUUGCUGCGACUCAACCAGAAAUCAAACGAACAGAAGCCGACACAGUGGAAUCUCGUGCGCCGUCUCUCUUCGUCCGUCAGUCCGAAGAUCGUGUGGCCGUAGAAAACGCAGAGAAGUUAAAAAAUGUCAUGGAGGAGUUGAAACAACAGCAGGAGGCCAAUAAGGCUUCGACAAAGCGAAUGAACCAAUUGGCUCACGAGUUUAUGGUUCUCAAGGCCAGUUCUCGAGAAAUUGAUUGGGUGACCAAGUACAAUGAGGCCGUAGAAGCUCAGAAGGACGCAGAAAAGCAGGUUGACGUCCUAAAACGGAAGCUGGCGGAAUCGCACACGGACUUGCCAAACUCCGUGAUUGCAAGAAUUGAAGGACGAAGGCCAUCAACGCGUGAGAAUGACACUCGUGCGUCAAUGUCAAAAGAAUGGCUGCUACAGAAGCUUAGCACUUAUGACAAAGAAAUGUCUGAGCUCGAACUAGAAAUUACCGUAUUGAGAAGCUCAACUAACAGCUUGCGGAAACAGACUCAACGACUUAGCGAGGAGCAAACCGACAUCAAGGCAGAAUCUGAACAGCGUGAACGAGAACUGCGCCUGUACGUUGAGCAGUUGGAAAAGAAGGAUUAUGUUGUCAACGGCCUCUUAGAGCUCAUGAUUCAGCGCACUAACCUACUGCAAAAUGAACUCGACCGAGCUACAGCACCUGAAGAUGGCAAGUUUGCGAACGAGGCAAGUUUGAUUCUCUCAAAUAUCGAAGACCGCUUGAAGAAUCUGGAGCAGCUGCUUGAAAACGAAAGAGAGCGAGCACGCCUCCUGGAAACCCAGUUGAAUUCUGGCUGUCAUAACAUUCCACGUCCAAUGCUUAGUGAGAACGAACGUCUGCGGUUGAAAGAAAUUGAAGUACUUAAGGCACAACUGGAAGAGAAGGAUGAACAGAUAGAGGACAACGAAAGCCAAAUUCGAGAGCUCAAAGGACGCGUUGAGCGUGCGAAGAAGAUGAACGAGGCAAUGAAGACGUUGAUAGACAAGGAGCCUGCAGAACAGCCACGAGGAACCGCAACGUCGACGCUGGAGAACAAGCAGGCCGCCAUCGAAAUUUCCAGCUAUCGCCGGGAGAUCGAUUCCAUGCGGAAGGAGAUUGCAAUUCUCCAACAGAAGGUCACACAGAUCGAAAAGGUUCGGGAAAAACUAAUCCUCGAAAAUAAAGAUCUUCAGGAGGAACUGAAACUCCGUGAGGAUUCGCUUUUUGAUCAGGACGAUGAGCUUGAAAAAAGAAACGCAGAUUUGGCCAAGGCGAAGCGUGCUCUCGAGUUAAUGCAAAUCGAGGUACGUAUCAGUAUUCUUCUUUCUGAUUGGCCAAGUCAUCGGCCAAUCAAAGACGGCGGCCGUUCUUAUUGGUUCUUGCUAACCACUCGUAAUCGCUUGCAGCUAAACGAAGCUCGGAAAGGAUUGGCCGCGGCAAGGGCACAAGAAGGCAUGAGCACGAAGAUAAGCACUGCUAUCGCAGAGAACGAACGACUUAAAGCCGAACUCAGACGCGUAGAAGACGAGCUUAAUGCUUCAACCCAACGUCUGGAAAAAGCGCAAGCUGUAGAAGCAGAAGCCGUAGAGAAGUGCAAACGGCUAGCAGAGGAGUUGAAGUCGAAAGAGAGCCUUGUUCACGAGAAGGAGAAACAAUUGGAAGAGGUUAAGAAGGACACCCAGCGGCUUGAUGAAGAGUUGAGUUCAGCAAGAAGCUCCAGUGCAGAAGCUCAAUUGAAAGUGAAGAAGUUGGAGGGUACAGUAUUAGACCUGCAGAGAAAGAUUCAAGAGAAGGAGGCAACUCGGAAUCUUAGCGCGCUAGCUGAAUCGCCUCCAGGAAUACCCCGAAGUCCGGCCUCGUGGAGGACUGACUCCUCCCCGGACAGUGGAAUCGGACGAAAUGGAAGUCGAGACGGCCGACGCACUGAAAUGGACCGUCUGCGUCGUGAGUGCACGGCCCUGAGACAGGAGCGCGACGAGAUUGCCAAGGAGGCACGGCGCGACAGGCAGAUAUUUGAGAAACGUCUACAGGAAGCCUGCAAUCGAUUGAAUUCACUAGCAGAUAGUACGUCGAAUGCAGCGGUGUCUGGAGCUUCCAUGGGUGACACGUACGUCCGAGCAGUCGCUGAGAGGAAGAUCAGUCAGAAAAUUAACCUAUUUAACGAGCACAUCGCCAAGCAAAACAGCAUUAUCUCUCAGCUCAAAAUCAAAAACGAAAUUGUUCAAACGAAAAUGCUUGAGUACCAACGACGAUACGCCAAUAUGAAGGAGCAAUACGAGGCGGAACAAGAGGCGUGGCUGUCUGAACGAAUUGUCCUUGAGUCAAAAGCAAAAGAGCAAGAAGAAAGGAAAAAUACCAUCGCGAGUACACGGAAGUCCUUGCAAGAGACAAGUGUUCGUCUAGCCGAGGCUGAAUUAAACUUUGAGCGUGAAAGGCAAAAGUUCGAGGCCGAAAUCGCCAGACUGGAAUCUGAGAAAUCAGAGAUCAAGGCAAGUUACUGUCAUUGUGUGCAAUUGACUCAGCUAAAAGAGCAACAGAAGCUGCCAAAAGUGCUGCAGCGUUUCAGCGCCUCGCCAGCAAGAACAGGUCAUAUUAGCAUGAUAAAUGCCAGCGCCUCGUCCACCGCAGCCACCUCAGAGACUUCAAGACGUCUGGAUUCCGCGGAAAGAACCAUCGCUCGACUCAAGUCGGAGCUGCAGCAUCGGCUGGAGGCUCAAUCCCAGGCCACCAUCGCUGCCAUUCGUGAGGCGGAGGUUGCCAGAUCGGCCGCCGAAUCACAAAUGGAGUGUCUGAAUGAGCAGCUGGUUCAGCUGAAUCACUUCCGUGAACAGGCGGAGCUAUUCAGAGAGCGACUGAUUGAAUCAGAGCAGGUGGGCGACCGUGAGUAUAAGAUUUGGUCGGAGGAACGCGAAGACCUGCUCUGCCGAAUUGAGGACUCGCGCAUUUCCGUCGAGCAAUGGUGCAUACGUCUGGCCAAUAGGGAGGGUACAGAGGGCACUACUGCCGAGGAAAUAAUAAAUGACAUUGUUGCUGAGAUGGAGAGGUGGAGAACAAGUCGACAGCACAUGCCGCUCCUUCAAAGACGGAGUUGUUCGACGGAACCAGAGUUCCUUCGAUCGCACAUAUCGGAUACCCAAUCGAUGAUGGGCGACAGUAUGAUCAGUACACCCGCCACACAACCCCGAUCAGGCGGUAUUUACCAUCCACCAAUGUCAGCUGGACAUCGAUCAACGUCGGUUGAAUGGUUCAGCAGAUCUGGAAACGGCGGUCCGUCAAAUUUGCGCGGAAGCACACUGAGCUUAGCUGCAGGCAUCAGCCCAUCGCUAGCCAGGAGUGUAACGCCGUCGCUUAUUCGCUGCGGACGCUCCGUUUCACCCGAUGUUAGCGUCCGAAAGAUAACAAACUAUCCUGAUCCUACACCGGGUUUCCUUGUCCGAUCACGGCAAGCCUCCGUUGACAGUCUCGGAAGCAUAGGCGAUCUUACUCAGCGGCCCUUUACAAUGCCUGGAAAACCUCCCCUUCGUCAACCCAUUUCGCCAGCACGUCGAAAGUUCUUUGACGAGCCAGGGCUUCCAUGCGGCGGAUCCCUUCCGAAGCCUGAAGUUGUCAGCUUCCAGUCGAUUGCUCCGAUUCCAGAGGUUCGACAAAGCGCAAAGGCACAAUCGGAGGAGCCGUCAGCACCCAAGGCCGAUUCACCGACGUCAAAGAAGUCGGCAAGCAGUGCAACACCAUCCGUACUCUCCCGACUUUCGUCAAAACUCACCGGCUCAAAGACAGACAUCUCCAAGCGCAAGUCGCCGCCGAAGGAGAAGCGCCAGUCGCCAACAACCGUACCGAAGAAACCCUCUCAACCUCUGGAAGGCGCCACUUCCAAGUCCUCCCGAACCACUAAGAAGCGGACGUCACCAGAGAAGACGUCUUCUCGGACCUCUCCGCCGACAGUCGCCACCACCUCGCCCGCGACAACGUCGUCCUCGGUUUCAACGAAGCGCCGAGGCUCCGAGAUGGUCCAGACCAUCGCGACGAAGCUGAGCACAGUCUCGUCGGAGGCGAAGCCGUCGUCUUUGAAGACAACGCGAUCUGGCAGCCUCACUGGCGUUGGCAUUGCCCCGUCCAUCAUGGCACUUAGACAAAAAUUCGGUGGGAAGUAG